CAACGAACUCCUUUUAGAAAGGACAUUCUUGGGGCUUUAGCAGGAAGCUUCACUAAACUUUGAAAAGUUGAAGGAAUCAUAAAGGGUCUUGUUUUGCUCUGUAAGUAAGUGUUGCUCGAUUUUAUCCUUUGGUGUUAAUUAUUUUUCUUCAUUUCCAAGGUUUUGAAUCUGCUGAGAGAGUAAUCACUCUGUUGAAUGCGCGUUUGUUUUCAUUUAUAUGAGCGUUGCUGCAUUGUAGUUGUACAUUUUGAAUGGGAAAAGGUAGAAGAAGAUAGAUGAACAGGUAAUGAGGACUGCAUGAUCGUCUACUGAUUUUGGCUCCGCUCCCUCAUGUUUGUUUUUGCUGCUUGCCUUCCCCUUUCCUUCCUCUUUCUGGUUAUCCAUCCAAAUAAACCAAGCUGAAAGGUGGGGAGGAAGGAGAAGACAGUCUUUUCCGUUCCUUUUUGUUUUCUUGGAAAACGAACAGAUAGAGUUCGCCCAGUUAACUUUGCAGAGAACAGCUUGUGAUGGCCAUCUCCAUGUCGGCUCUGAACCUCAAGGAAUAGACAGGUUUUGCACCAGUCACCGACUCUUAUUCGACCGAGAAUCUAAAUCAUAGAGUCGUAAAAGAAUCAUCUUUAUGGAGAACUCCGGUGAGAUUUCUGAAAAGCAAAUGAAAUAUACAGCAUCCUCUAUAGGCGCAACAUAUCAGACACCUUCUCUGAAUUCCUGCAUAAAUGAAGCGAUGAUAGGAGAAGUUGUUUCCUCUACUGGUUCUUAUGCUCCACUCAGCGGGAGAUUCUGGAGUGCUGGGGACUAUGAAGAUCAACCGAACACUCAGUCAACGUCACAUAGAGAUUUUGGAAAUCGUCUCUGUGUCCAUCCCAAGUUUCUACAUUCAAACGCUACUUCACAUAAGUGGGUCUUUGGAGCAAUAGCAGAGCUUCUUGAUAACGCAUUUGAUGAGGUAAGUAAUGGUGCUACAUUUGUCAAAAUCGAUAAACUUAGUAAUCAACAUUCAGGCAAAGCUUCAUUAUUAAUUCAAGAUGAUGGUGGUGGAAUGGAUCCAAUACUCUUGCGGCGCUGCAUGAGCUUUGGAUUUUCUAAUAAAGAAGCUUCUUCAAGCAUUGGACAAUAUGGAAAUGGCUUCAAGACUAGUACAAUGAGACUUGGGGCAGAUGCAAUUGUUUUCACUCGCUGCAUGAAGAGAAGUGUACUAACUCAAAGUGUGGGUCUUCUUUCAUAUACAUUCUUGAGGCAAGAAGCUUACAAUGAUGUCGUAGUGCCUGCAGUGGAUUACUCCUUUGAUCCCUCCCAUGGUGUAUUGACCAAAUUGUUUCAUAAUAGUGAAGAGCAAUUCUUUUCCAAUUUGUCUGUUUUGUUGAAAUGGUCCCCUUUCCUCACGGAAAAUGGUUUGCUAGAGAAUUUUAACGAUAUGGGAAGUCAUGGUACCAAAAUAAUCAUAUAUAACUUAUGGCACAAUGACACGGGGGAGACUGAACUUGACUUUGAAACUGAUGAAAAGGAUAUAUUGAUAAGUGGAGCGCCUAAUCAAGUGCGUACAAAUAGUAUUUGUUUGCAAAAAACACAAAACCAUAUUGCAAGGAGACUUUGCUAUUCUCUCCGAGUAUACUGCUCAAUUCUAUACUUGCACAUGCCAGACAAUUUCAAAAUUAUUUUACGCGGAUGUGAAGUAGAGCACCAUUAUAUAGCCAGAGAUCUCAAAUACUGUGAAUGUGUUAAGUACCGACCACAUGUUGGUGGGAAGAUAGAGGCUGAGGUUGUCACGACCAUUGGAUUCUUGAAAGAAUUUCCACAUGUCAAUGUUCACGGAUUCAAUAUAUACUACAUGAACCGGUUGAUUUUGCCGUUUCACCAUGUAGCAAGUCAUAGAGGCAAAGGUGUGGUUGGUGUACUUGAGGUGAACUAUUUAAAACCCACACAUGACAAGCAAGGUUUUGAAAGAUCAAGUCUAUAUGAAAAGCUCGAGACUCGAUUGAAACAAAUGACAUAUGAGUACUGGGCGCAUCAUUCCCAUCUGGUUGGUUACGAGAAGAAAAUUCCUGGCUCAGCUGCACAUCAGUCUGUUGCUCACCCAUUGCAUCCUUCUUCUGGGUGUAGCAUUAUGCCCAUCCCUGUUAAUACCUCCACAACAUCAAUAGACACUACAUGUAUGGUUUCCAUCCCUGGAAAAUCUAUCAUCAAUCACAAUGCAAGUUCUGUGCUAGGAAUGAAAAGAAGACCUGAAGAAUCCAUUGAAAAGAAGGAAUCUCCUAGAAAGCAAACACACUACAGUCUUGGGAAAGACGCCAUAGAAGAAACAAAAUUUCAAUCCGAGGCAAGUAAUUCCGCUGGAUGGCAAAAAGGUGUGGAUAUAAAAGCUUUGAUACAAGAAAACAUCGAAGCGCAUGAAGAGUGCUUAGAGCAUGAAAGAAUACAGAAAGAGCUGUUGUGCAAGGUUGAAAAGCUUAAGCAGGAACUCGAACAAGUCCAGCACCAUUUCACAAAAUUGUCUAAUGAGCUCAUAAUGAACGGAAGUAAGAUGGAGGCUUGUGUGAAGUUUGAGAGUGACAACAAAUUUUUGAAAGGUUUUUAUGUAUAGAUAAUAUACAUUUAGACUGAUUCCAGGGAGACGAUCUGUUAUGGAAAUUGGAGUUCCUUUUCUCACAUUUUCCAUUCCGUAAAUGACUACAAUGGAAGGUGUAGUUGAAAGUUGUUUCUU